AGAGAAUAGCCAAGGAUCUGUACGACUAAACCAAUCCCACAUUCGCAUAUAUAAUGGCUACUUCACACCCUUUUACAAUCCUUUUUUUUUAUUUUGAAGCUUUUAAAACAUUUGAUCUUAGAAUCGGCACUUGUAACAUCAGCAACAAGCAAAAUUAAACCAUGAAAGUCAUUGAUAAGAUUCAUAAAGCUGAACAAGAAGGACGUCCUUUCUGGUCCUUCGAAUAUUUCCCUCCAAAGACAGCACAGGGUGUGCAAAAUCUCUAUGAUCGUAUGGAAAGAAUGCAACGUUAUGGGCCAGAAUUUAUUGAUGUCACUUGGGGAGCUGGCGGAUCAUCAGCGGAACUAACAACGGAGAUUGUGGCAACAGCCCAAUCAGUAUAUGGAUUAGAAACAAUGAUGCACUUGACGUGUACUAACAUGCCUGUCCAGGAAAUUGAUGAUGCAUUGGAAAAAGCCAAAAAUUGUGGAUGCCAAAACAUUUUGGCUUUACGUGGAGAUCCCCCUAAAGGACAAGAAACAUGGGAGUCAUGCAAAGAAGGAUUUGAGCAUGCUAUCGAUUUGGUGAGAUAUAUUCGUAAGAAGUACGGUGACUACUUCUGUAUUGCAGUUGCAGGUCAUCCCGAAGGUCAUAUCGAUAAUCCAGAUAAAGAUGCAGACUUGCAAUAUCUCAAAGAUAAAGUAGAUGCUGGUGCUGACUUAGUCGUUACUCAGCUUUUCUUCGAUAUCGACAUGUUUACAGCCUUUUAUAAGAAGGCUCGUGCCAUCGGCAUUAACGUUCCAAUUUUGCCGGGUGUCUUUCCUAUUCAAAAUUACACUGGCCUUAAACGCGUGAUAUCCUUUAAUGAUAACUUUGUUCCUCAGAAAAUCUGGGACGAGCUUGAAGUUAUCAAGGAUGAUGAUACUGCCGUAAAGGAGUACGGUAUCAACCUCGCUGUCGAAUUUAUCAAGAAAUUUCGCGAAAUUGGGAUCAAUGGCUUCCAUUUGUACACUUUCAAUCUCGAACGAUCCUCCCGAAUUAUUUUAGAACGCCUUAACCUGGUUGCUCCAUUAGAAGCAGUAAAGCCUUUACCCUGGAACCAAUGUCUUACCAGCAAACGUGCCAAGGAAAAUGUUCGACCUAUUUUCUGGAAGAAUCGCACAAAGAGUUAUCUCCAACGUACAGAAACCUGGGAUGAAUUUCCCAAUGGUCGCUGGGGAGAUUCACGCUCUCCUGCCUUUGGUGAAUUAGAUGGUUGGGGCAUUAAUUUGAAAUACCCUGUAGAUCAAUGUAUCAAGAUGUGGGGCUAUCCUACUUGCAUAGAUGAUAUUGCUCAAACAUUUGCUCGCUACUGCAAGGGUCAAAUUGCUGGAAUUCCUUGGAGUGCACAACAACUGGACCCUGAGACUGAUAUUAUUCGCCAACGCUUAGCAGCAAUCAACUUGCUCGGAUAUCUUACUAUCAAUUCACAGCCUGCCGUUAAUGGUGUCAGGAGCUCAGACAAGAUCUACGGAUGGGGACCUAGAAACGGCUAUGUCUUCCAGAAGGCAUACCUUGAAUUUUUUGUCUCCCCCGAUAAGCUCAAUGAACUAAUUGAUAAGAUCAGUGGAAACCCUCAAGUGACUUACUAUGCUGUCAACAAACGAGGUGACUUCCGCACAAACACUCAAAAUGAUGAACCUAAUGCUGUAACUUGGGGUGUGUUUCCCGGUAAAGAAAUUGCUCAGCCUACUAUUGUGGAAGGAGUAGCCUUUAUGGCUUGGAAAGAUGAAGCGUUUGAGCUCUGGAACCGCUGGGCUCGUAUCUACGACCGUGAAAGUGAUUCUGCUCGACUCAUUUUGGAUGUAUGCAGCAACUGGUAUCUCAUCAAUAUUGUUCAUAAUGACUUCCAAGACGAAAACGGUAUUUGGCGACUCUUUGAUUUAGAAAUCGAUGGUGAAAUCUCUCGAAAAUUGAUGCAGUCAAACGGAAUAUCUCGCUAAAUUGUUUAUAACAAAAGUACACUUCAUACGGAAUGAUGUGGGCUACGUUAUUCCAUUACACUACAUCUGUAUUCAACAUGCUAUUUAUUACUCUUCCUCAUUCAUAGUUAUACAUUAUUGCUAUUCUGACUUAUUCCUACAUACACAUGAUCUUAACUCUUUCAGUUGUAUUCAACUACCUCCUAAUAAUGAUAUUUUUGAUAUCCAUUCUAUUCCCUCUACCUCUUCUCUAUAUCUUCCUGCCAUUUUUUAAAAGCCAAAUAAAGCCGAACCUGUGAGCUAUUGACG